GCCCUGCAAACCCAUGAUCAUGACUGGCUAGAGCAAGGCAAGGCACAGAGUGAAGGAAAGCCAAACAAGAAGGAGAGAAGGAAGGAAAGAAGAAGAGGAGGAGGAGUACCCCCACACACAUACGUACUGCUCUGCUCUCUCUUCUCCUUAUCUCCACGGCAACCGUGUUCACACGCUCUCAGACUUUUUCGACGAGACCUCGGCGAGCUGUAUCAGCAGUGUUGGACGAAAGGGAAAGAAGAAUCGGAUGGAAAGAAGCACAUGAAAGCGUGUCCCUCCAUCACUUUCCAUCCUCCAUCAUAUUUGACUUUCUUUUGAUGUUUUGAGUUGAUGGUCAACUUUUAAAUUCCAGAACCCUCAUCUGCCUCGCCGCAGAUUAGUCUUUUUCUUGGCACCUUACAUGAAAAAAACAGUUUCUAAGCAACUCACUGCGCUCAACACAACUCUGCUCCACUCUGAGCAGCUCUGCUUAUAUUGUAUAAUGCUAGUUAUUGUAAACCCUAUUCGUAAUUUUACACUUUAAAAACACCACAUCCCCACACGUAUAUCGCCCCACCACUGUCCACCUCCAGCCUCUGUCGACCCUCACCCUGCGGGACCCCACCUCAGUCUUCCGUGCGUGACUUCAUCUGUCUACUAUCCCUUCAUCUGAGGCUAUGAGAGGAGGAGUCGAAUCCCAGAUCACUCCAUCAUGCCAGUUCUGAAGAGCAGAGAGGAGAUCCGGGCUGGCAAUGUUCAAGGGACGGCAUUUACACUCCUUCACAAUGCUUGUCAGCCUCCACCCUUCUCCCUCCCGUCUUCAGGACAAGAGCUUUGUCUCCCCUCCCUCCUCCCCCGACCAUCAUCCUCCUUCUCCUCCGCCGCCUCCUGCUCCUCAAGACCAUUAUCCUUAUCCCCAGCCUCGACUGACCCUUCCCUUCCUCUCCUUGUCCUUCUCUCUACUCCUCUUCUCCGUGCUCCUCCUGCCCGUCUGCGAGUCUCGCAGGGGUGGAGGUCAGGGUACGGGGCCUGGAGGUGCCCAAGGGGGACAAGGUGGCCAGAGGGGAGGCAGCACCCAGAGGGGCGUCAUCAUCCCACCUCAGUACUCACCCGGCUCCCCAGCUCUCCCCCCGAUCAAUCCCAAACUGAUCAAUUCGCUCAGUAUUGCUGUCAUCCUGGUGGGCAACUCUAGUGAAGUCGCCCUGGGGGCCGGACUUGAGAAAGAGGACUUCCUCCACAUCCCCUACCCUCCCAAAGUCGAGGUGGUCACCAUGAACGAGACCGACCCCAAGAGCAUCAUCAAUCGGAUCUGCGUGCAAAUGACGAGGAACUCUCUGCAGGGCGUAGUGUUUGGUGAUGACACGGAUCAGGAGGCCAUCGCUCAGAUCCUGGACUUCAUCUCUGCCCAGACACAUAUCCCGAUCCUGGGCAUCAGAGGGGGCUCCUCCAUGGUCAUGGCAGCCAAGGACGACCACUCCAUGUUUUUUCAGUUUGGACCGUCCAUCGAACAGCAGGCCUCCGUCAUGUUGAACAUCAUGGAGGAGUAUGACUGGUACAUCUUCUCCGUUGUCACCACCUACUACCCCGGGUACCAGGACUUCGUCAACAAGGUUCGCAGCACCAUCGACAACAGCUUUGUGGGCUGGGAGCUAGAGGAGGUCCUCCUGCUGGACAUGUCCGUGGACGACGGCGACUCCAAGAUCCAGAACCAGCUGAAGAAACUGCAGAGUCCUGUCAUUCUGCUCUACUGCACAAAGGAGGAGGCCUCCACUAUCUUUGAAGUGGCUCAUUCUGUUGGCCUCACUGGCUACGGCUUCACCUGGAUCGUCCCCUCGCUGGUGGCUGGAGAUGCAGACAAUGUUCCCUCUGUAUUUCCUACAGGGCUUAUCUCAGUGUCUUAUGACGAGUGGGACUACAACAUUGAGGCCAGAGUCCGUGAUGCAGUAGCUGUUAUUGCCACGGCGACCUCCACCAUGAUGCUGGACCGGGGGCCGCACACGUUGCUGAAGUCGAGCUGCCUUGGGACACCUGACAAAAAGGGCUCCAACACGGGCCACUCCAAGGAAAUACUGAAGUACCUCAUGAAUGUCACGUUUGAAGGCAGAAACCUGUCGUUUAGCGAAGAGGGUCACCAGAUGUUCCCCAAACUGGUCAUCAUUCUUCUAGACAAGGACCGACAAUGGGACAGGGUUGGCAAGUGGGAGAGAGGCUCUUUGACGAUGAGGUACCAUGUGUGGCCUCGCUUUGAGCUGUACACUGGAGUGGAGGAGCGGGAGGACCACCUGUCCAUCGUGACUCUGGAGGAGGCGCCAUUUGUCAUUGUGGAGGAUGUUGACCCGCUCAGUGGGACCUGCAUGAGGAACACUGUGCCGUGCCGCAAACAGCUUAAACUCACCAACCAGACAGGUGAUUCAGGGAUUUACAUCAAGCGCUGCUGCAAGGGUUUCUGCAUUGACAUCCUGAAGAAGAUCGCCAAGGCUGUUAAGUUCACGUACGACCUCUACCUGGUCACCAACGGCAAACACGGCAAGAAGGUUAACGGGACCUGGAACGGCAUGGUGGGAGAGGUGGUGUUGAAGAAUGCCCACAUGGCGGUGGGUUCGCUCACCAUCAACGAGGAGAGGUCAGAGGUCAUCGACUUCUCGGUGCCGUUCAUCGAGACGGGGAUCAGUGUCAUGGUCUCCCGUAGCAACGGCACCGUCUCCCCCUCCGCCUUUCUUGAGCCCUUCAGUGCUGAUGUGUGGGUGAUGAUGUUUGUGAUGCUGCUGAUGGUGUCGGCCGUGGCUGUGUUUGUGUUUGAGUACUUCAGCCCGGUGGGUUACAAUCGCUGUCUGGCAGACGGACGAGAGCCUGGAGGUCCCUCCUUUACCAUCGGUAAGGCCAUCUGGCUGCUCUGGGGUCUGGUUUUCAACAACUCCGUCCCUGUGCAGAAUCCCAAAGGCACCACCAGUAAGAUCAUGGUGUCGGUGUGGGCCUUCUUUGCUGUCAUCUUCCUGGCCUCCUACACUGCCAACCUGGCUGCCUUCAUGAUCCAGGAGGAGUAUGUCGACCAGGUGUCGGGCCUGUCGGACAAAAAGUUCCAGAAUCCCAAUGAAUUCUCGCCGCCGUUCCGGUUUGGCACGGUGCCCAAUGGGAGCACAGAGCGCAACAUCCGCAACAACUACCGGGACAUGCAUACCUACAUGACCAGUUUCCACCAGAAGAAUGUAGACGAGGCGCUGUACAGUCUGAAGUCCGGCAAACUGGAUGCCUUCAUCUAUGACGCUGCGGUGCUGAACUACAUGGCGGGCAGAGACGAGGGCUGUAAGCUGGUCACCAUUGGGAGCGGCAAGGUGUUCGCCUCCACCGGCUACGGCAUCGCCAUCCAGAAGGACUCAGGCUGGAAACGAGCCGUGGAUCUUGCCAUUCUCAUGCUGUUUGGAGACGGUGAUAUGGAGGAGUUUGAGGCCCUGUGGCUGACGGGCAUCUGCCACAACGAGAAGAACGAGGUGAUGAGCAGCCAGCUGGACGUGGACAACAUGGCAGGGGUCUUCUACAUGCUCGCGGCCGCCAUGGUCCUGGCAUUGCUCACCUUCAUCUGCGAGCAUUUGUUCUACUGGCAGCUGCGCUUCUGCUUCAUGGGCGUGUGCACCGGGAAGCCCGGGUUCACCUUCUCCAUUAGCAGAGGUAUCUACAGCUGCAUCCACGGGGUACAAAUCGAGGAAAACAAGUCAUCCAUAGACUCACCUUCGGCCACCAUGAAGAAGAACAUGAACAACACCCAUUCCAACAUCCUGCGGUUGCUCCGCACUGCAAAGGACAUGACCGCUGUCCCGGGCAUUAAUGGCUCUCCGCAUGCCGCCCUGGAGUACAGCCACAGUGGUCGUGAGUCAACUCUCUAUGAUAUGCAGGAGCACCGGCGCAGCCUGGUGGGUCACCCUGUAGACUGCAAGUCAGCGCCGCCUUACAUGCCAGAGGACAACAUGUUCAGUGACUACAUCAGCGAGGUGGAGAGGACUUUUGGCAACUUGCCCCUGAAGGACAGCAACCUGUACCAGGACCAUUACCUGCACCACCACCCGGCCUCGGCUCUGGGUAUGUCCGGCCCCCCGCCUAAUAGGCCGCGUAGUUUAGGCAGCGCUAGCUCGUUGGAUGGGGGCAUGUUUGAUUGCGACAGUUUAGGGGGAGGGGUAGCGCCUAUCUUUACCACCCAGCCCCGGCCCUCCAUGACUCACAGGAAUACAAAUAAAUUUGACCUGAUCGCUGGCCACACCCCUGCGGAUUCCAGCCAGGUUGGGUUCACGGGGAGCAAUGUAUAUGGCAGGUUUUCUUUCAAAGGAGGCGCAUCCAGCACAGGGCUCAUCGGGGGUCAUGAAAGGUACUGUGGUGGGGGUGGGGCAGGCUCAGGGGGUGACGAUGGGAACAUUCGCUCUGACGUAUCGGAUAUCUCCACGCACACUGUCACCUACGGCAACCUGGAGGGCAACAACAAGCGGCGUAAGCAGUACAGGGACAGCCUGAAAAAGAGGCCAGCCUCUGCCAAGUGCAGACGGGAGCAGGACGAGAUAGAACUGAGCGCCUACAGGAGGAGACCCCACCACCACACCGUCCACCACCACUUCCCUCACGGUCCCCUGGCACACCGCACGGUCUCACCUCCCCUGGAGCGGAAGAGGGGAGGAGGAGGGGGUAAUUCUUCACCUUACGUAUUCCGCAAAGAAAAAGAGAACCUGAGGGAAUUCUAUGCGGACCAGUUCCGCUCCAAGGAGGGCAAGGCCAAGUGGGAGCAAGAGGGAGGAAGUGGAGGAAGCGGUGUGGGCGGCGGUAGUGGUGGUGGUAUCUGUAAAAGCUUAGUGCCUGUGGAAGACUUCCUCAAAGGUAAAGGCAAGAAGGUGGAGUGUAAAGGUGGAGUGGGCUCAGUGGCGACAGGACAGCAGGGCCACACCUGCUGGGAGAAGGGGAUUUCUGGUCUAGGAGGGGGGGGCAUAGCAGGGGGUGACUGGGAGUGUCGUAACUGCCACAGUGUAUGUCACCAUGGUGGUGGUGUCGGAGGAGGCGGCACGUGCCAAGCUAGCGCAGUUGGGGGGAGUAGCAGUCGCCCCAGCUCCGCUACCAGCAAACGCGGUGACUCCUGUAAGGUGCAGCCGAGCAACCUUUACAACAUCAGUGAGGAUAACAUGGUGUUCCCUGGAGAGAAGAGUAGUGUCGGACCCAGCCAAACGCAAACUCAGGCACAGCGCAGGAAGCUAGGGCCAGGUGGGAGGGUGUUACGAAGGCAACACUCAUAUGACACAUUCGUGGACCUUCAGAGGGAGGGGGCAGGCCGCAUGGGAGGGGUUGGUGGGGGUAGUGGGGGACAGUUUCCCCAGCCCCGAAGUGUGAGCUUGAAAGACAAAGAUCGCUUCAUGGAGGGCCCCAGCCCUUAUGCUCACAUGUUUGAGAGGUACUCCGGUGACAGGGAGUCUCCCAUGUUUGGAGGAAUAGGUGGGGAUAGGGCGAAAGGAGGCUCCUCGUUCAGUCUGUUCCGUGGAAGCGAAGGUGGGUUGCAUCGGCGGUCGGUGGGGGAGAGAGACCAAAGGGACAGAGAUAGAGCUAUGAUGGGAGGUGGGGGCUGUGGUGGUGGUGGUGGUGGUGGUAGCAGAGGGGCCGGGACUUACUCCUUGUCUAAAUCUCUCUACCCAGAUAAGGUGAACCAGAACCCCUUCAUCCCAACCUUCGGCGAUGACCAGUGUCUAUUACACGGUGGCAAACCGUACUACGUCAAAAAGCCACAGACGCAGCCAGAGCAGCAGCAGCAGCAACUUCUCAACAACAGCCGAGGAGGAGCAGGGGACUUCCGCGGCUCCAUGGGAGCGGCUUCCUAUUUGCCCGCAUCCGCCACAGCUGGGGUGAUGUCCAAUGUGGCCCCCAGGUUCCCCAAAGAGCUGUGUCUGAGCGGGGUGGGAGGGCCCAUGGGGAACCACCACGGGGCCAACAAAGUACUGCCUGCGGGCCGGGACACAUUAGGUUUGGGGCCGGCACAGAGACCCUUCAAUGGUGCCAGCAAUGGACACGUUUAUGAAAAGCUCUCCAGCAUUGAGUCAGACGUCUGAGGGAAAAGACGAAGGAAGAAAGAAAGAGAGAGAAAGAAGACGAAGUGGGUGAAGAAAAGGAGGAGGAUGGAGAGAAACAUACAGAAGCAAAAAGAGAGAAACAGCUCAGGCGGAUGACCUCUCUGUGUGAAGAGAAGGAGGAGACACGAUACUGUGUGUUGUUGUCACUCCCCUAAACGGAAAGAAUUUGGACGAUGCACAGAGGCCACUACAGGCUAAGAUGUCGUGAAGUCCGCCUGGAGACAAGUUUUUAAUGGGAAGAGAAGAUUCUGGUGCUGCUACGACGCUCAGAGAAAGAUAGGGGUGGAGGGAGGGGAAAAACGCGAAAUUAAAUUUCCAGUCUCUUCACAUGCUCAUCGUCUUUCCCUCCCUCCUGCAGUUCCUUAACACCAACAGAAAUACAAUCAUGAAUGAGAAAUCAACGCUUCUGUUGAAGUAACAGGGUAAACUAAUAAUAAUUGUAUUGAUAAUGUUGAUAAUAUUAUUGAAUAUUAUUCUAGUGUUUACUGAUGAUUGGUUUGGAUUGUUUUUAAGUUUAAUUCAUUUAUUUAAAUGGUUCAUGUUACAUAUUUGUAUGAUGUUGAUUCUUUCUUAGCUUUCCAACAUUACAGGACACUGGUCAGUACAGAUCUUUUUGAGGUUCCUGUAAUUUGGACUCUUUUGGAUUCUUUGCUAUUAAUUCUUCAUGUUUGAUCUUUUUUUUUCAACUUUUCUUAUUUUUGAGUGCUGUGACGUGUAUGUAAAAGGCAUGACUUGCUGAGUACAUUCAAUGUACUUUAAAUUUUUUUCCAAAGCAGGUUUUUCUUUCAGCUGCAGAAACAACAUCAUCAUACUGAUUUGCCAUUUGCUCUCAUUUUUCUGCUUGGCAGUAGCAAAUGGGUCUCGCAUUUUGAGCUGGAUGUGCCUUAAAGGAUCAAUACUGAUUUUCUACACUUAAGAUCUCUUCUGUUGGUCGGCAGAUCCACUUACAAACAAUUAGUCAAUUGGUUUGAGUGAAGAGAUAACUGAAAAAAUCUGAGAUGAGAGUAGAGCUUCACGAGUGUCAUUCAUCAUGCUGUUCCAGAUGUUACAGGGAAGUAAAACACAGACUGUUGCAGUCGAGGAAGUUUCAUUUCCUACAUUGACCCCCAACUGUAAAAGUUAACAACAGCAGGAUUACAAGGGUUAAAACCACAGUGCCAUAAUAAAUAAACAUUCCUGUUCCCCCCAAAAAGUCAGGUACGACAGAGCCUGCUGCUGUAUGUGAGGAAAUGAUGCUUUAGAAUUAAAAUGUAAACGCUUCUUCUUGUACUAUUAACUCCAGAUUAUCUAAUCGCAAGACAAUUUCCUUUAAACCAUCUACGAUUAAAGUUCAACAAGCUUUAUCACUCCUCGCCUCAUCAGAGCAGAUGAUCCAGGACCCAAGUAUCCAUUAAAUACAAGCACAUCAUAUUUAAUGUUUUCAACGGGCCUCACUCGAUUGACCGUGACGCUUGUGCUGUUCAGGACCUGGACAUCUGAGGGACCACACCAGCACACAGCCCUAGAUCAUCAUAUCAUCGUGUCGUCUUGCAAUUCAUCACAAUUUAUUGAACUCCCCUUUACUGUACGUUGUGUCAUUUCUUUAUUCUCUUUAUAAAAAGAAAUGUGUUCUCACCUUACAGCUGCAGAGUAGUGUCCCUCUGCAGUGUAAAGGAGCAGGGCAACAAUUUGGGAAUAAGCUUAUGAGCUGUUCUCUCUGUGAAAUAAUCUCUGUAAACAGAUUCUGCAUGUGAAUAAAGAAUCUGGAGGUGAGGGACAAGAUUUCGGGGCCUUAAAGCCUUCUGGUUUCUGUUUCCAGUUUGACCAAUCACGUUUGAGCAGGCCUUGGUUGCCCGAAGGUAAACAGUCCGUGUGGAGAGCAAAGAGGCCAACGGCUGUUUAACUCAUGUGCAUUCAUACGCAGAAAGAUGUUAAUAGAGACUAGCCAUUAACAAUCUGCACCUAAAACACCUAUAAAAAGUGGAUAUUUAAUGUAGGGAUAUGUAAGUGGUGUUAAUCAUCUCAUCUUACUCUCAGCAAGAAAAUGAAUAAGCGUAAUUCUCAAUGUGUCAAACUUUUUAAAUUUCCCAAUAAAAGAGCUGGCUUAUUCAGUCGUCAUUUCUCCCAACGUGUUGCUCAAAUCCGCAUUUUCAGCAAACAGAACACACAGAAACAUCCUCUCUGUACUGUGACCUUGAUUUCUGCCUCCAGUCGACAACAAUCUGCUCAACAUGCUGAGAUUUUGAUGAAGGAAAGAAUUUGCCCUCAAGUCCAAGGUCCUGUGGAUUCAUGUGUCGACUGCAGACGGUGAAGAAGAGGAAUAAAUAGGAAGUGAAUAUCCUCCAUAAAGCAGGUGGUGGGUUUUCUAAAAAGCAUCGUCUUUGUUAGUGCGGGGCUCGUGGUUUAACUUUGAUCAAUAGGCAGCUCCCAAAUCCUCAACCUCACAUCUCUGCUCGGACACAUCACACAGACAAAGAUAUACCAUUGUAAGUUGAUAUUUAAGACAACGAUUCUCCAGUUUUCAGUUAUUUAUUGUCACUUAAACUUGACUUUAAAUCGUCUUGCUAAACCAAAUUUUGAAUAUCUAAGCACAAUCUGACUGAAUGGAUCUGACAUGAAGUUUGUUGUACAUCCCAGUCGAAACUUCAGUAGACUUUCCUUCUCUUGGUUGACAAGUCAGUAUGUAUGAUACUAAGGGUUUUGUAAGGACUUGCAUGUAUACUCUUAGUUCUUAUUUCUUUCUUUCUGUUUUUCAAAUCUUAACUUUUAGCCUUUUAACGGGGCGCUUUUGAACGAUAUUUGGAGUUUUAUCAAUUUCGUCAGUACUGAUGAUCCAUGUGGUACUGUGCGUGUGCGUGCUUGUUUGUGCAAGAGAAGACACAAAUCUUUCACAGUCAAAAUUUUUGGUUAUACUCAAAUAAAUAUGGCGAAAUUGAAUUUGAAAAAUGUCACUAGGAUAGACAACAUUUUUAUUGUUAGUGUUAUACAAAGAUUGAUUUUCUUGAUAGUUUGUGUAAAUGCUUUUUUAACAAGGUUGAGGUCUUAAUACAUUCAUGUCACUGAAGAAGCCUUUUUUCAUUUCUACUUUUUCUUGUUUUUAUCCUUUGAAUAUAUCUCAUUAUUUCUGUUAUUGUAUGUGCCUGAAUACAUACGCUUGAUUACCUCUGUGAGUGCUCAUAUGGAAGAGAGACAGAGUGUGUGAGAGAAAACUGUGUUAUUGUACUUGUAUUAUAAAAAACAGUAUGUAAAUACUUUACCUCACGCUCAUGGACUUUUGAUAAAAACCUGUACAAAAGGGCAGAGAAUAGAUCUAUUUGGGAUAAAUCUUUGAUUCGUAGGUUCCCCUUGCAAAAUUGCUUUUGUAACAACUUCAGGCCAGGAUACGUGCAAUCGGUUCUUAUCACAGACACAUUUUGAUAAGUCGAGGUUUGUUGAUGUGUUUUUGUUUUUUUUUUCCUCUUUGAUUUGGUCAAAUACCUGCUUGUCUUUUCCUCAAAUGAAAAAUUGUAAAGCACCACCAUUAAUUGGUUCACAGAAAGCACAACAGAUUAUUACAUUUCUACAGAGGUUGUUUCUUUCUUUCCUCUUUGGCUGCAUCCUCUGAUUUUUGGUUUGUUUUCGGCCACAGGAGGUCGAACAACAUCCCUGAGCUGUACAGAUUGUGAAAAUUGUACAUACGACAAAACUCUAGUUCACCCUCACAUUUUUUUGUAUGGAGAGAUAUUACUUGUGUGAAGACAGUAUUUCAAAUUUGAUUGAAUAUUUAGUAAUAUUGAAAAUGAGAUUAAACACAGUCAGUGUGAAAAAUAAGUGCUGGGAAAUAUUAUUCUUCUGUCUCUUUGGAAUAAAAGUGUUGAGUAUUAAUAAAAAACAAGAACA